UAAUAUUUGUUGGCAAGGACGCGUUACUAAUUUUCAGUUUUUCACACUGGUCGCUCCUUCAACUCCUCAGAAAACCGUUCUGGUUUUUGGAGUUGGAAAUCCUCUGGAGUUUCUCAACUUUGGGUUUUAACUUGAUUUCUUAUACAGAGGAGGAGAUUACAGAGAAAUGAGUGGCGGUGGAGCAGAGGAAGAGACGACUUUGGAGUUCACGCCGACAUGGGUGGUCGCCGCCGUUUGUACGCUCAUCGUCGCCGUUUCGCUCGCUGUCGAACGCCUCCUCCAUUUCACCGGAUUGUAUCUGAAGAAGAAGAAUCAAAAGCCUCUGUAUGAAGCUCUCCAGAAAGUCAAAGAAGAGCUGAUGCUGUUGGGGUUUAUAUCCUUGCUGUUGACUGUGUCUCAGAAGACGUUGACCAAGAUUUGUGUGACUGAGGAUGUCAUGCACCACUUACUCCCUUGUGCACUUGAAGAUGGUAAUUCCACUUCAUCAGAUGUCUCAGAAACAAAAUCCCAUAACCGCAGGUUGCUCUCAGGAGAAAGUGGUGUUGGUUACUGUGCUGCAAAGCAUAAAGUCCCAUUAUUAUCUCUAGAGGCUCUGCACCACCUACACAUCUUUAUCUUUGUCCUUGCAAUUGUGCAUGUUACAUUCUCCCUUCUUACCAUUGUAUUUGGAGGAGCAAAGAUACGCCAAUGGAAGCGCUGGGAAGAUGCCAUUGCCAAGCUUAAUACUGAAAAUGGGAAUGCUGGGAAUCCGGGUCUCACCCAUGUCCGUCAACAUGAUUUUAUCAAGAAUCGCUAUGUGGGUAUGGGUAAACGGUCACUCAUCUUGGGUUGGCUGCACUCUUUCUUGAAGCAGUUCUAUGGUUCUGUAACCAAGUCAGAUUAUGCAGCUCUUCGUUUGGGAUUCAUUACAACUCAUUGUAGGGGAAAUCCAAAGUUCAAUUUUCACAAAUACAUGAUCCGUGCACUGGAGGAUGAUUUCAAGAUAGUUGUUGGCAUUAGCUGGUAUUUGUGGGUAUUUGUGGUUAUUUUCUUAUUGAUGAAUGUUAACGGUUGGCAUACAUAUUUUUGGAUCGCAUUCAUUCCGUUUAUUCUCCUACUUGCUGUUGGGACGAAGUUGGAGCAUGUUAUAAUGCAAUUGGCUCAUGAGGUGGCUGAGAAACAUGUGGCGAUAGAGGGCGAUUUGAUUGUCAAACCUUCUGAUGAGCACUUUUGGUUUGGGAGUCCUCAAAUUAUUCUAUUCCUCAUACACUUCAUUCUUUUCCAAAAUGCUUUCGAAAUUGCAUUUUUCUUCUGGAUAUGGGUGCAAUAUGGCUUUGAUUCUUGCAUAAUGGGGCAAGUCCGAUUCAUUGUCCCUAGGCUUGUCAUAGGUGUAAUUAUUCAGGUGCUAUGCAGCUAUAGCACAUUGCCACUCUAUGCUAUAGUGACACAGAUGGGAACAUGUUACAAGAAAUCAAUUUUUGAUGCACACAUGCAAGCCAACAUUGUGAAUUGGGCUCAGAAGGUGAAACAUAGAAAGGG